CGUUUGACUCCCGUAGCGCCAUGACACGAGUUUUGCCUGAACGCCUUCUAUAUAGUCAUAUAAAUCAUAUAGUCGAAGCCUAGAUGAUGGUGACUGAUUGAUGAAAAGCCCGAAGCGUUGAUAAAAAACGUGUUUGAAGAGCUCCGGUACCUCGAGGAACUCCGAAAUAAGAGUGGUAAAAUGGCUGGUGCGAUGUUGUUCGAGAGAGCCCAGGCAGCCUGUGUAACAAAUCGUAGUGAAGGAAUAACACUUCUCAAUGAAAUAGUCUCAAAUCCAAGUAUUGGCCUUGACGAGGAAGAUGAGGAGAGCAUUCGCAUCAAGGAGCAGGGCAUCCUCCAGCUAGGGGAGCUCUACAAAAAAGAGGGCAAGGCCAAGGAACUCGCUGAUCUUAUUAAAGCAACUAGACCAUUUUUGAGUCAUAUUAGCAAAGCUAAAGCUGCUAAGCUGGUGCGAUCGUUAGUCGACUUCUUCCUGGAUCUGGAGGCUGGCAUCGGUAUCGAGGUGCAACUCUGCAAGGAGUGCAUAGAAUGGGCGAAAGAAGAGCGCAGGACUUUUUUACGACAGUCCCUGGAGACUAGAUUGAUAGCCCUUUAUUUCGACACUGGAAUGUUCAGUGAAGCCCUGCAGCUGGGCUCAGCCCUCCUCAAGGAGUUGAAAAAACUUGACGACAAACAGUUGCUCGUCGAAGUGCAGUUGCUCGAGUCGAAGACCUAUCAUGCAUUGAGUAAUCUAGCCAAGGCCAGGGCUGCAUUGACCAGUGCCAGGACCACUGCCAAUGCUAUUUAUUGCCCUCCCAAGAUGCAAGCUGCACUUGAUCUGCAGUCUGGGAUUUUGCACGCUGCUGAUGAACGAGAUUUCAAGACUGCGUAUUCAUAUUUUUAUGAGGCAUUCGAGGGAUACGACAGUGUCGACAGUCCAAAAGCAUUGACUGCUCUAAAAUACAUGUUACUAUCGAAGAUAAUGCUCCGUACACCUGAAGAUGUCCAGGCAAUAAUGUCCGGUAAACUAGCGGUUAAAUAUGCUGGUCGUGAUUUGGAUGCAAUGCGAUCUGUUGCUGAGGCCAGUCAUAAGCGGUCACUUGCUGAUUUUCAAUCGGCUGUCAAGACAUAUCGGCAGGAGCUUGAAGAAGAUGUUAUUGUCAGAGCUCAUCUGGGAUCACUCUACGACACAAUGCUCGAGCAAAAUCUAUGUCGACUCGUUGAGCCCUACUCACGUGUACAGGUUGCCCACAUAGCCUCUUGCAUAGCUUUGCCACUUGCUCAAGUUGAAAAGAAACUCUCCCAAAUGAUUCUCGAUAAAAAACUUCUAGGAGUUCUCGAUCAGGGCGAAGGUGUUCUCAUCGUCUUCGAGGAUACACCAAGGGACAAAACCUACGAAAUUGCACUCGACACGAUACACAGUAUGGGAAAAGUCGUGGAUACUCUCUACCAGAAAGCCAAGAAACUCACAUAGCCCGUUUACUAUGAAAAAAACUUUGUAUUCAAAAUCUAUUAUAUUGCUACUUAUUAAUAAUUAUUAUGAGCGUUUCACUCAUUAAAUAAUGCCAAUUGA